AUGGAAUAAUAAGUUAAUUAACUAUCUUGGAAGGUUCAACAAAAUCCUAAAGAAUUGGAUUUAUCGUACUGUGUGUUUUUAUAAGACAUUGAAUUCAUAACUUAUUUAAAAUCACCAUAAGCUAAAUAAAUGCAAUCAUUAAAUUUAUCACAUACUCUAUUAUCAGAUGCUUCUCUUUUACAAUUAAGUUUUUUAGACUCAAAAUCUUUGAAGUUUUUGAACUUAAGUUAUUGUGUAAAUUUUACAGAAGGGGCAAUUGUCAAUUUAUUAAACUCUGAAACUAUUGUUAAUGUAGAAGUUCUUGAUUUAUCAGGUAAUUAAUUAUCUGAUGUGUGUUUAAAGUUUGUAUUAUAACCAAAUAAAAUGAAAUACUUGGCAUCAAUUAUUUUAAACGAUAUAGUAUUAAUUUAUAUUGAUAUAUCACUUAGAAAAAAGGACAACAAGGUUUUUCGUAUAAGCUUUUUGAAAUACUCUCCUAAACUAAUCUCAAUAAGAGUUUAUUAAAUCUUAGUGUAGGCAAUUCCUUUGUAUAACCUGAUCAAUUAUAAAUGACUAAAGCACAAACAAUAAUGAAUACCUUUUUUAAUCGAAUUAUGAAAGAAGAUCAUACGUAAUUGUGAAAUUGUAUAUUUUAGUUAUUUUUAUCAAUUAAGCUUGAAGGGCACCUCUAUUUAAACUUUAACACUUUUUAAAUGCGAAUUACUUACUAAUAAAUUCAUUAAAAUGCUUUGUAGAAACAUUAUAUUUCUAAGUUCUAUCAAAGUAUUAAAUAUUGGUCAUUGCAAAUUAUUGACAGACAAAAUUUGUUAUUACUUAUCUGAAGCAGGUGCAUCUGUGUAAAAAUUAGUAGAUUUAGAAUUAUUGGGAUUAAACAUUACAUCUGAUGGUUUAGACAAAAUAAUAAAAAGUAAAUCCCUUAAACUCAAUCAUCUUGGAUUAGCCAUGUGCGAAGAUAUAUAAUCGGAUGCUAUAAAAACAUUAAUGGAUUCUAAAUUUGGUAAAACAUUGACUUCUUUAGAAGUAUCAGGAUCUUACUCAUAAAAAAGUUAAAUUGUUGGAUUGUUUUCAUAGGAAUAAAUCAUUUGGAAAGAUUUUAAUCUUAAAACUAUAUAUAUUGAACUCUUUUUAGAUUAAGGGUGUUAUUAUCAACAUGUUGGAAAAUAAUAACUUUAAUUUCAAAAAUAACAAUAACUAAAUUAAAAUUUAAGUCAAUUAGAUCCAUAUUAUAAGACAUUUUUCGAAACACAUAUGUAUACAAUUAUUGAUUAAAUAAUUUUCAUUAAAAAAAUAAAAGUUGUUAUAAAAGUUCAGUAUACUGAUGAAGAUUUAAUUGCAUAAUAUUUAACUAAUUUUAUUGAAUAAAAUAAUCUUUUAGAUAAUUUAUUAACGAAUGAUAAUUAAUUAUUUGUCAACAAUCUUUGCAUAUUAUCAUAUGUUUUAUAAUCAAUAACAAAAGCUUCAGCUAAAAUUUAUGAUGUGGAAGAAAGAUAUUAAUAAAAUAAUUAAAUAUCUAUAAUUCAGAUAAAUUACCUUGAUCCCAUAGAAAAAGAAAAAAUAAAUGUCUCUCAAAUAAGAAAUUUGGUUUUAAUGAAGUAAGAUUUGUUAAGAGAUGAAGAUUUAGCUUUAGUAGGAAGAUAUUCAGAGACAAUUUUUUCAUAAUUAUCAUAUAUUUAAAUCAAAGGUAACAUUUAAUUCUCAUAAAGGUUGUAAACAAAUAACUAUUAAAGGAUUACAAUAAUUAGGAGAAAGAUUACUUCAUCAAUUAUAAUUUCUAGAUGUUAGAAAAACAUAAAUUAAAUUAAGUGAAUACUCUCAAAUACUAAACGAUUUUAUCAAUCUCACUUCAUUUAAUAAUAAUAAAAUUCAACUUGAUUUUAAUUAAGUAAAUUUGUUUUAUAUAAUAGAAAAAUACGAAAGAUGAUCUUGUUUAAUGGUUAAAUUUACUUUUCAGAUUGCUAUCCUUAAAGAAAUUAAGUAUAAAGAAUACAAAUAAAUAAUCAAUUUUUAAUAUGUUUUUAAUGAGGUUUGUGGCUUAAAUGGUAAAAAACAAUCAUUUAUCAAUGAAAAAAUUAUAUUUAUAAUGUUUUUUAAACAUUGCUGAUUUGUAAUAAUUAAUUUUAAAUUAGUCAAUUAUACUCAGAAGAAAGCCUAACUGAAUUAUGUGAAAGCAUUUAAUUAAGUUUCAAUAUAAAAACAUUUUAUUUGGAGAUUUCUGGAUUAAUUAAGCAUUAAUUUAUAAUUGAUGUUUUUAACACUUUAAUUAAUACAUAAAUUACUAAUUUAAAUUUAUAACUUGAAAAGUAUAUUAUUUCUGUAUUAUAGAUAAAAGUUGUAAUAUUAUUGAUGAAAUCUUCAUUAAUAAAUAAACUAGUAUCCAUUAUUUCAAAGCACUAGAAUUCAGCACUUCCAAUUUAACUUAACUUGAUAUUAUUCUAUACAAUACUUAAUAAUUGGAAGAUUUAACAGCUGUAUUGUCUCUUAAUGAAAAUAAAAUAGAUAGUUUAAUUUAUCUUUUUUAAAAUAACUAAUUAAUUAACCUAAAAAUUGAAUUACAACAAGCAAAAAUAGAAUAAUUUUUAGAUAUUUUAAUAGCAAUCAACCCUGAAAAAAUAAAAACAGCAGAAUUUAUUAUAAAUAAGUAACAAUAAUAUACAUAUUAGUAUUUUAAUCAAUGAAAUUUUUUUACAAAAACUCUAAGAAUUUCUACUUAAAUGUAAAAGAUUGAUUGAAUUUACAAUAUCGAUGAUUGGGUAAUUAUAUUAUAUAUUUUAAGAUGUGGAUGUACUAAAUAAAUGAUGGAUAAAUAUUUUAAAAGCAACUUAUAAAUUUUUAAAAUUCCAUAACUGAAAUUUUAUUAUUGA